CUAGGCUGCAGCAACCACUGCUGCUCGGCACGCGGCCGCGCUCUGGCCCUUCCUUUUUGGGCAGGCUUGCAGGCGCAAGCACGGUCGGCGUCCCACGGCCUCGAACUCCAGGGCCUCCCCUGGGCAGGCCGCGGAUCGCCCACCCCUGCCCCGAGUGUGUAUCCGCCGGGACCCAGCCGCCGCCUAACGCGGGCGGCACAGGAGCGGCGGCGCCGAAGCCGCGCCCCAGUCUCGGAAGAACAACCCUGAGAGGCCGCCUCGUCCUCUGCAGCCGAGCGGCGGAUGUUCUUUUAAGGAGUUAUUGAAGACGAAGUUUUUUUGUUUUUGUUUUUUGUUUGUUUUUUAAUGGCUUUACAGAAUUUUAAAUCGAAUACAGUUUGACAUGACGGCAAAAAAUGUUGGUUUGCCUUCCACAAAUGCAGAACUAAGAGGAUUUAUAGAUCAGAAUCUCAGUCCAACAAAAGGUAACAUUUCAUUUGUUGCGUUUCCAGUUUCCAGCACCAACUCACCAACAAAGAUUUUACCAAAAACCUUAGGACCAAUAAAUGUGAAUGUUGGACCCCAAAUGAUUAUAAGCACACCACAGAGACUAACCAGUUCAGGAAGUGUUCUGAUUGGGAGUCCAUAUACCCCUGCACCAGCAAUGGUUACUCAGACACACAUAGCAGAAGCUACUGGCUGGGUCCCAGGUGAUAGAAAACGAGCUAGAGAAUUUAUAGAUUCUGAUUUUUCAGAAAGUAAACGAAGCAAAAAAGGAGAUAAAAAUGGAAAAGGCUUGAGACAUUUUUCCAUGAAAGUGUGUGAGAAAGUUCAGCGGAAAGGUACAACAUCAUAUAAUGAAGUGGCUGAUGAGCUGGUAUCAGAGUUCACCAAUUCAAAUAACCAUUUGGCAGCUGAUUCGCAGGCCUAUGACCAGAAGAAUAUUAGGAGAAGAGUUUAUGAUGCUUUAAAUGUGCUAAUGGCAAUGAACAUAAUUUCAAAGGAAAAAAAAGAAAUCAAGUGGAUUGGCCUGCCUACCAAUUCUGCUCAGGAAUGUCAAAAUCUUGAGAUCGAGAAGCAGAGGCGGAUAGAACGGAUAAAGCAGAAGCGGGCCCAGCUGCAAGAACUUCUCCUGCAGCAAAUCGCUUUCAAAAACCUGGUUCAGAGAAAUCGGCAAAAUGAACAGCAGAACCAGGGCCCUCCAGCUCUGAACUCCACCAUUCAGCUGCCAUUUAUAAUCAUCAAUACAAGCAGGAAAACAGUCAUAGAUUGCAGCAUCUCCAGUGACAAGUUUGAAUAUCUUUUUAAUUUUGACAACACCUUUGAGAUCCAUGAUGACAUAGAAGUACUGAAGCGGAUGGGAAUGUCCUUUGGCCUGGAGUCAGGCAAAUGCUCUCUAGAGGAUCUGAAACUUGCUAAAUCACUGGUGCCGAAGGCGUUAGAAGGUUAUAUCACAGAUAUCUCCACAGGACCUUCUUGGUUAAAUCAGGGACUACUUUUGAACUCUACCCAAUCAGUUUCAAAUUUAGACCUGACCACUGGUGCCACCUUGUCCCAAUCAAGCGUAAACCAAGGGUUGUGCUUGGAUGCUGAAGUGGCCUUAGCAACCGGGCAGUUCCUUGCCCCAAACAGUCACCAGUCCAGCAGUGCGGCCUCUCACUGCUCUGAGUCCCGAGGCGAGACCCCCUGUUCCUUCAACGACGAAGACGAGGAAGAUGACGAGGAGGAUUCCUCCUCCCCAGAAUAAAGCCAGGAGAAAACCCACGUUUUACUAGUUGAUGCUCAUGUGUGUUUUUAGUGUGAGCUCUUGUUUUUGAAAUGAUUGCUUCAGUCUUUGCCUUUGUUUGCACUGUGUGUUCAGUGAAAACUAGGGAAACACAAUAAGCAAAUUCUGUGAAGGCUGAGAGGAUUGAGAUGAAAAAAGCUAAUAUAGCGUGAACGAGAACUUUAAACAACAGAGCAAUAGAUCACACCGCAGACAAAGCGGUUUUCUGAGGUGAUAGAGGGGACAGUCCCUAAGGAAUUGGCAGCAUGAAUGAAGCUCGUUUAUCUUCCACGAGGUGGGGUCUUUGUGUUCCCCCACACCCACGUAACCCUCCUUAGAAUCAGGAUUGCUGUAAUGAAGAGUCCUUGACAUCAUGUUUGUCGUGUUUCUCUUCCUUGCCUGGGCUGCCUUUUACAAGCAGAAAUGAACGUGAGAAGAUCCCAGUGCGGGUGAGCGGGACAGCGCAGGGCGGAGGUGGCAGUCCUCGUGGUGUGAGGAGCACAGGUUGAACCGCUGAGCCAGCUGAAAGUCUGGUUGAUGUGCUUUACGCAUCAGCUGCCUUAGACGGCUUCUAGGAAGGAGCAAGCGCUGAUUCUUAAGUACUUAAGUGACAUGUAGAAUAAUUUAUAGUAAAACUGAAAUGAUCAUUAUUAGCCAUUGCAUUGGUGCAUAGAAUUUUUUUAGGGCUACUUCUGGAAGCCAAAAUAGAAUAGCAUUUCCACGUGCAUUAAAUACUUUGCCAGCACUGCCUUUGCCAGCAUUCUAAAUCAGGAGUUUUACAGAGAAGGAAAUUGUACCUAUAGUUUUAAUCAAAGCUGUGCAUUUCAUAUAGCUUUUUCAUUUAAAACAAAACAGACGGAUUCCUGUGACCGAAUUGCUUGCUUCUAGUUCCCUGCAGUACUUGUAUGAUUCCACUCGAUGUGCAGUUUGUGAACAUGAACCAAACGUCA